CGGCGGCGCGGGGAUGACGCACUUCCGGCGGAGACGGGACUUUUACAGGAAGUGGCUGCUCUUUUCCCCACGUGACUGAUGAUGGCUGGAGCGCGGGUACUGUCCCGAGCCGGGGCGGCGGCACGCUCUGUCGCUCCCGGCCUCUGCAGAGGGUGGUGCUCUAGCCCCGGGAAGGAGCCGGCUCAGCAGCCGCAGGUCACCCCGAUGCUGCGGCAUCUGACCUACAAAAUCAAGGCCACCGGGCCCAUCUCCGUAGCCGAGUACAUGCGGGAGGUCCUGACCAACCCCGCCCAGGGCUACUAUGUGCACCACGACAUGCUGGGAGAAAAGGGGGAUUUUAUCACUUCACCUGAAAUCAGCCAGAUCUUUGGGGAGCUGCUAGGGAUAUGGUUUGUCAGUGAAUGGAUGGCCACUGGAAAAAGUCCAGCUUUCCAGCUGGUAGAACUGGGCCCAGGUCGGGGUACUCUUGCAGAAGAUAUUUUGAGGGUCUUCAGCCAGCUUGGGUCUGUGCUGAGAAGCUGCGAUAUCUCAGUCCAUCUGGUGGAGGUGAGCGAGAAGUUAAGUGAAACCCAGGCUGCCACACUAACCAAGGAGAAGGCGCCGCUGGAGCGACACACCGGAGCUCCUAUGUACAUGAAGGGUGUCACCAAGUCUGGCCUCCCAAUUUACUGGUACCGAGACCUUCGGGAUGUCCCCAAAGGGUACAGCUUUUAUCUUGCACAUGAAUUUUUUGAUGCCCUGCCCAUCCACAAGUUUCAGAAAACACCACAAGGAUGGCGGGAAGUGUUAAUAGAUAUAGACCCACAAGCGUCUGACAGACUGAGGUUUGUGUUGGCGCCGGGUGCUACUGCAGCAGAGGCCUUCAUACAGCCUGAUGAAGCCAGGGACCACGUAGAGUUGAGUCCUGAUGCUGGUGUUGUCAUCCAGGAGCUGGCCCAGCGCAUCUCUCUCAAGGGAGGGGCUGCACUGAUCGCUGACUACGGGCAUGAUGGAACCAAGACGGACACCUUCCGGGGGUUUUGCAGCCACAGGCUUCACGAUGUCCUGACUGCCCCGGGAACGGCAGACCUCACAGCCGACGUGGACUUCAGUUACUUGCGCAGAAUGGCACAGGGAAGAGUUGCAGCUCUGGGCCCUCUACAGCAACAGACAUUUUUAAAAAAUAUGGGCAUUGAUGUCCGAUUGAAGGUUCUUCUGGAUAAGUCAGACGAGCCGUCACUGAAGCAGCAGUUACUUCAGGGCUAUGACAUGCUUAUGAAUCCCAAGAAGAUGGGAGAAAGGUUUAAUUUCUUUGCUUUGCUACCUCACCAGAGACUUCUUGGUACAAAUUGUCAGAUGAACACACGCCAGUCUGAACCCUCAGCCUCAUCUGUAGCUGGGUUUGGGGAACUUACCUGGCGGUGAAGUUUGGACUUAAGUCUGAGAAACCACAAUAAAGGCAAUGUGUUUCAGGUAAAGGUUAUAGUUAAAUAUUUUAUACAGCCCACUUUCUAUAAUAGUAUGAGUAAACAUUUACUUUUCAGGUUAUGUCUGACUUUUCUUGGUGCCAGUGUAUGUUCUCGACUUAAUGCUCUAAGUUAACUGAAAAUGAGCUUACAUUAUAAGCAAGUUGUAUUUUUGUUUUAUUUUGAGUAGUAAUUGAUUUAAAAAAUACUAUACUCAACCUUGCUGGCUAUUUGAAGAGAAGAGAAUAAAUAUAACUAUCCAUAUAGUGCUUAUUAGGAUGUGGUACAGAAGUAUGUUCGGACAGAAAAUCUUUUAAGGUCUGGUAAGUGAAAAAUUCAGGGUAUAUGACCCAGGAGGUGACACAGUGAACGAAGUCUUGAACUCCCAAACAUGAGGUCCCAAGUCUUAACUUCCAGCAUCACACAUGCCAGAAUGAUGUCCUGGUUCUCUUUAAGUAAUAUUAAAAAAUAAAAUAAAAUAAAUAGUUGUCUUGGGAGUCGGGUAGUAGCGCAGUGGGUUAAGUACAGGUGGCGCAAAGUGCAAGGACUGGCAUAAGGAUUCUGUUUCGAGCCCCUGGCUCCCCACCUGCAGGGGAGUCACUUCACAGGUGCUUCACAGGCGGUGAAGCAGGUCUGCAGGUGUCUUUUCCCGUCUUCCCCUCUCUCUCCAUUUCUCUCUGUCCUAUCCAACAACGACAACAGCAACAACAUCAAUAAUAACUACAACAAUAAAAAAAGGGCAACAAGAGAAUAAAUAAAUACUUAAAAAUAGGAGGUCUUAUAGUUCUGAUCCUCCUUUUUCCUUUUUUUUUUUUUUUUUGAGAAAAGCUAUAUUAAAUGGAAUGCUUUGAAGUAGUUUUCAUGUAAAUCACUAUGAGUGCACAUUCUUUUCUGUUCUGUGAUAGUUAUUGUAUAUGAAAAUCAAGGGAUGCCAGUAAUCACUGUGACAUUUCCCAACCUGAAAUGAAGAUGAGUUUCAAGGAUAGAGAAGCUAGCAAACCACCCCAACUCCCCACCUGUAGGGAGGGUCACUUCACAAGGGGUGAAGCAGGUCUGCAGGUGUCUAUCUUUCUCCUUACCUCUUCUGCCCCUCUCAAUUUCUCUGUCCUAUGCAAUAAAUGGAAGAAAAAAAGAGAAGGAAGCCAGCCAACCAAACAUAUACUUUAAAAAGCAGAAUAAGUACAGAUUAUCGUGUGGGAAGAAUCAUUUUCUAAACUGAACCUCUUUUCAGAUAAAUGAUAAGCUGUGAUAAGACUAAUGCCAGACAAGUGGACUUUGUGAAUAGAUGCUGUGUGGGCAACACAAAGGUAUGUCUUAGCUUAAGGCUGACAUAGCUUGGGAGGUGACUGGUAGAGAUGAAGUGUUGCCUUACUUGUUGUCUGUCCUCACUGAGGGUGGAGCAUAUGGUGUAUAUGGUGUCGCAUUCUGAAGUAAAGGAAAAUGCCCUCUGUAGAUGGCCACCCAAUUUAGGGUCAUUCCUAGCCAUUCUUCUUCUUCUUUUUUUAAUAGUUAUUUAUUUCCUUUUAUGGCCCUUGUUUUAUUGUUGUAGUUAUUAUUGUUGUUGUUGUUGGAUAGGACAGAGAGAAAUGGAGAGAGGAGGGGAAGACAGAGAGGGAGAGAAAGACAGACACCUGCAGACCUCUUCACCGCCUGUGAAGUGACUCCCUUGCAGGUGGGGAGCCGGGGGCUCAAACCAGGAUCCUUUCUCAGGUCCUUGUGCUUUGUGCCACGUGCUCUUAACUCGCUGCGCUACUGCCUGACUCCCUAGCCAUUCUUUUAACCCCCAUCUUCUUUUCUCGGGAGUAUUCUUAGGACGAUGAAGAUGCCCCCCCCCCCCCCCCCGCCACCAGUUGUUAAACCCAACAGGAGUUGGCCAUUGCUUUGUAACAAACUCUAGAAGAUUUGCUUUGAGUUGGGCAAGCAGCUGCAACAGUUGAAUUGCUUGUUUGAGUGAACAUACCUGAAAAAUCUACAGUAUGACUUUCUUGCCAAGAAAUGAGACCUCUGGAUAAUUACCUCAAUGUUCAUAUGAAACUGUAAUAAUGAAGUGUUUUUAUUUUAGUCAGUUAAAAAGUCAGUGUUUUUAAAUAUAACAUUAUUUUCAUUUACAAAUACUAUUUCCAAAAUAGUUCUCUUGUCAUCACCUGGAAAAAUAACAAGCAAAUACUGUUUUCUUUGGAUAUGUCUGCUGGACAUGGGCUCAGGUUCUCAUGUGAGAAAGUGUGAUGAUAUGGAAAUAGAUUUUAUUACCAAACUUUCUUGAGAAUAUUUACAAAAAGUGGGAUGUAACAAAAAAUAUAAAAAAUGUACUAAACAGUGUCAUUAUAGACUACUCUGUACAUUAUUAAAUGUUUUUACCAAAUGGUUAUUUCUUAUACAAAAAGGACUUAAAGAAAAAAAAAAUGGUUAUACAGGUUAUAUGGCAUCUGGAGUCAGAUGCAACUUAAAUCAUCUGACAGUGCCUUUACAAAAUGUUCU